ACCGUAGUAUUUAAUCGAACUGGUGUGCUUUUAAAGCAUACUACUGAAUGCCUCCGGCCACGAACGAAGCUGUACUAAGCUGUUACUGUAAUAUUCCGGGCGUCUUUGGAGAAGCUUCGCUUUCAAUCCGAUGGCAGUUGUUUAUUGUGCUAACUGAUUAUUGUCGAAACAAAGCCAUUGUGAUGGGCGCAAGCGGAAUACGGGCUGUGAUAGUUUUGCCGCUGCUGUUUGCUCCAGUUCAGCCAUUGAUAACUUGUGCUGAGUGCGAUUACCACAAACAUGUUGGAGGCAACUGCGACCAGGAGAAAUCAUCGUGCUUUUACUGCCUCUUCAUAGCGGACGAACGCCAAAUGUUCCUGAAUUCUUCGUGUGGUGUGCCCCCUGGCUAUAAAGUGUAUUCUGUACCUUACUGUGAAAAAGAGGAAGGUUUAUGGAAGUGCUUUUGUGAAAAGGACCUCUGUAACAAAUUGCAAAUGUUUCCCUGGCAUUUCAAGGUGAUUGGCGGACCAGAGACCACUACGUAUGAGGCUGUCAGUCCUGAUGCAGAAGAAGAGGACCAAGCUGGAGGCGAAGAAGCGGCGGACAAUGAUGGAGAUCCUGACGACGGCAGUGCUGAAGAUCUCGCCUUGGGCGUUACGGGUCCUGAUGCUCGUGUUUCUGGGGAAGAAAGGUGUGCCUCCAAAAGAGACUGGAGGUGGGACUUAUCAGUCCUGCUAACAACAAUGUGGUGGAUUAUGGAUGUCACCUGACAGCAAUCUGCAUUACAAAGGAUACGAAAAGCUUUCGCCUCGGACCGACUGUCGAAAAGAAGAACAAAAAUAGUAUAUUAGCCAUCUUGUUCUUCGGAGCAUCCGUGUCAUCAUGGCCGAUAUUGACCAAUUAUUCUCGGCCACCGGAUUGAUAGCGAGACCGACCGGCACCCGUGACCUUAUAAUUUGUAAGAUUAUGCAUCGGCACUGAUAUCCUCGUGUUAAUAACGUGUUAUGUUGCAACUGUUUCUCGCAGUUUUUAAUUUUUUAUGUUUAAUGUGAACUAACACCAUUGUAAAAGGUUUGUUUUAUAUGUACAAGGUUUUUUAGUUUAGUACUAAAAAGAAAAAACCAUAACCUGUCUGCUGCUUUAAAUGUUUUGUGGGAGUCAAAAAUGAUUAUGAGUACUGUAUCCGAAAUGAAAAGAAUCUGGACUCGAAUAAAAGA